UUGCUUCUCUUCUCAAUGCAAUGUGGCCAGUGCAGAUCUCAGAAAGUGUAAACCUGGUGACACUAGAUCCGUCACCUUAGGCCUCACCUCUCUUUCCCCUGUUCCGGACCCUCAGAUCCUGGCCUGUCUGGAACGCUGCAGACUUGUGGGAGUCCCCCAGUGAGGAGAUGCUGGCACAACUGAGGUCCUGUCUGCUGCUGGCAGUGGCAUUGCUGGGCCCGGGCCCCAGGGCUCAAGCCAUGAAAGGUGUCAAAUGUGGGGGUGUGCUUUCAGCACCUUCUGGAAACUUCUCCAGCCCCAACUUCCCCAGGCUCUACCCCUACAACACGGAAUGUAGCUGGCUGAUCGUAGUGGCUGAGGGCUCCUCCGUGCUGCUCACCUUCCACACCUUUGACCUGGAGUACCAUGACACCUGUGGCUUCGACUUCCUGGAGAUCUACAAUGGGGCCGCAGGAGACAAGGGCAACCUUCUGGGGAGGUUCUGCGGUCAGGUGCCCCCGCCACCCUUCGCCUCCUCCUGGCAUGUCAUGUCUGUCAUCUUCCACUCAGACAAGCACGUGGCUAGCCGCGGCUUUUCCGCAGGCUACCAGAAAGAUGUGUGUGGUGGCGUCCUGACGGGCCUGUCGGGGGUCCUCGCCAGCCCUGACUACCCCAACAACUACCCCAACAAUGUGGAGUGCCACUGGGUGAUCCGGGCUGUGGGCCCCGCCACCGUCAAGCUGGUUUUCGUGGACUUCCAGGUGGAAGGCAAUGAAGAGUGCACCUAUGACUAUGUGGCUGUGCUUGGGGGACCUGGCCUUGCGAGUGGGCAACACUACUGUGGCAGCACCAGGCCCCCCUCUCUGGUGUCACUGGGCCACGAGCUGCAGGUGGUGUUCAAGUCCGACUUUAACAUUGGAGGCCGGGGCUUCAAGGCCUACUACUUCUCAGGAGAAUGCCAGGAGGUAUACACAAUGGUGAAGGGUAACUUCUCCAGCCCACGGUACCCCAUCUCCUACCCCAACAACAUCCGGUGUCACUGGACCAUCCGCCUGCCUCCUGGAUACCGGGUCAAGGUGUUCUUCCUGGACCUGGAACUGGAAGGGCCCAACAGCCUGACCAAGACCUGUGACUUUGACCACCUGUCAGCCUUUGAUGGGGCCAGCGAGGAGGCGCCCCUUCUGGGGAAUUGGUGUGGCCGUCAGCUGCCACCACCGGUCACCUCAAGCCACAACCAGCUCCUGCUUCUUCUGCACACAGACCGCAGCACCGCCCACAGGGGCUUCUCUGUGGCCUACAUUGGAGUUGUACCCAUGAAUGUGAGCUGCUCCCGCACGGACUUCCAGAUCCUGAUCUCUGCCCAGGCGCUGGCCCCACUGGGGCGGACCCAGGUGUACCUGGGCAGCAGGCGCUGUGCUGCCCAGGAAGUCGGCAGCACCUUCCGGAUCCAGGCCCGCUUUGACACCUGUGGCACCGAGUCUCAGAGAAGGAACAACACCUCAGUGAUCGUCAGCGUGCUGUACAUCGACUUCUCGGCUGGCGGGCAGGAGGAUAUCCAUGAGUAUGAGGUCCUGUGUGAGCCACGGCGCAAGGAGGCUUCUGUCCACCUGCUAUCCGGCUCCGACUGGCUUGGGCCCUACGCUGCCACAGCCGAGCACCUUCAGGAAGCACCACCCGGGGAUGAGGCAGAGGCACUGGAGGGCCCCAUGGCUACGGUAGCCCAGGACAUCAGUGAUAUUGUCUUCUUGGGUCUUUGCAUACUGGCCGGAGUCCUCAUGGUCAUUGCCAUCGUGGUCCUGAUGCUGCUGUGAGCAGGCAGGGUACAGACCUGGCAUCUGGCAUCCCUGGGAGGCAGCUUGGGGACCCUACACACAACCGGGGAGGAACCAGGCCUUGUCGACUUGUUGGUGACCAUGGGCAAGUCACCGUUCCUCUCUGAGCCUCAGUUUCCUAGGGAUUAUCACUCUGCUAUGUUUAUCUCACAGGGCUGGUGUGAGGCUCAGAGAAGAGAAUGAGUCGAUAAAGCUUUGUAAACUAUAGCAUGCCAUGUAUGUGUAUGCAGCUG